AAUAAGACGCCGGAAUGUGGGGUCCGAAUUGCACUCGUAAACCUUAUAAAUUCUUUUUGCGCCUUUAGGGUAGCUGUUGACAAUCCUAACCCUAACAGAAUUGAGGUGUUAAAAAAUGUCCACAAACAACUCCUUUACUUCCUAAAUUCUAUCGAGGAAAUAAAAAAUUAAAAUAAAAACAUAAACACUUUCUUUUCGUUGUUCCAAGAGAAGAAAAAUGGCUGAGAAAAUUGAGAAAAUAGACCAGCAGGCAGCCAAUAAGCACCUGGGGAGCGAUGAAGAACAGAUGAACACUCCGGAAUCCAACGCUCUACGCCGGAAGAGAAGGAUAAAGUGUAUUUUCAAUUUUAUUGUGCUUCAGAUCGUACACAAUUUGAUCUUUUAUUUCCUCGUGAUGCGUGUUAGGACUCCCAAGGUCAAGUUGGGAACAGUCACGGUCCAAAAUUUGGUCACGGGGUCUCAAGAUUUACCCUACUUUGACAUGAGCUUCACAGCCCAAGUAAGAAUCAAGAACACAAAUUUUGGAUCAUACAGUUUCAAUAGCACCAAUGCCACGUUCAUGUACGAGGGCGUAACGGUGGGGCAAGCACUUAUUCCUAACGGCACGGCCGGGUGGCUUUCCACCAAAAGGGUUAACGUGACGGUGAAUGCGAAUUCGAGUGAGUUAAUUUCUCGACGCAAUUUUAAACAGGCUCUUGGAAGGGAGUUGAGUUCCGGGUUUUUGAACUUGAGCAGCCAGGCCAUGCUCAGUGGGAGAGUUGCAGUAAUGUCUUUGAUUAAGAAGAAGAGUUUUGCCCAAAUGAAUUGCACCAUAGCUAUCAAUUUGUCAGCAAAGGCCGUCCAAUAUUUGAAUUGCAUGUAAAAUUAAGUCGUAUUAGUUUAUUAUUAUUUGGAAGUC